AGAUAAGUCUACCAUUAAUAAUUACCAUAUAUUGUAUAGUGGUUAAAUUUUAAUAAAUGGAUAUACAAAAAGUCAACAUCGACACUGAAAACUGAACACAAAGGUGAUAUCAUUAGUAAGGUUAUAAAUCAGUGUGCAAGAAGACGUUUUCAGAAAAUGUUCUAUGCUGCAAAAUUGUUUUUCAUUUUCCAUAUCCAACCAGUGGUAGGUAGGUGCAAGGCAUAUAUAGACAGAGAUUUUGAUUCUGCUUGUUCACUAUGCAUAUACACAACUGUUGAUAUAGGUGCACAAUUAGUUAAGUCCAGCAUACGAUAUCUGAACACCAUCUAGGAUGUCUGAGUUAAAGGUGGAUGAUGACAAUAAAAAGCUCACUACUUGUACAUUUAGCAGAUACUGGUCAUAAAGUGAAUUCAGUCAAAGUUUUUAUAGUUAUUUACUGUAUACCAUACAGUCUUCAGUCUAGUUUACGUAUUCACUUGUUACCAUACACUUAUGUAUUCACAAGACGUUUCUACAAUCCCUGUCAUUACUUUGGUAUUGAGGUUAAAUUACAACGUGGCUUCAAUUCUUCUUACGGUUUCCUACCUACUGUACAAAAAUUUGUUAACAAAGGACCCACCAUCUCCUCCAGUCUGUCCGCUCAAUUUUCAAUCUCCCCAUUAUUAUAUAUUCUUGUUAGUGUGUAUCCGCUCACUACAAGUUUCUCAUAUUUUAUGCCAUCAGUAAAUUAAUAAACUGUUUUAUUUUAUAUGACGCUACUAUUAAUUUCAUUUUUUGAGGGAGUUGCGGGGAUCGGGAAGUAUUUCGAGUUGUUAUUCAUGGUAGACU